AUGUAUGACCUCGAAGAUAACACUUUGCACAAAAUCGAGAAGGGGUGGAGCAUCGCCAUGAGCUGUUCAGAAGAGCGGUUGAAACGACUAUAUGGCUGGACAGACGAUGAGCUUGUCGUUGCUAAACAGCAAGGGCUGGUGAUGCUGGAGACGGUCUGCGUGUUUGUGCAUGGGUAUGAUUGUGUCAGGUUACCGGUCGAUUUCUGGAAGAUGCUCUUCGCCGAGUAUGGCAUCGUUGUAUAUCCGUCCGCCUUGACCGAGUGUCUAGCUCCCUCAGGACUGGGGACGAGUCAGACCUUUACAGAGAUUUACAGCGAACACAUUGUCAUGCUGGGGAAGCGUGAUUCCAAUCGUCCGGCUUUUUGUCCGUUUGAAUAUCUAAAAGAGCCGUUACCCGUAUACGAAAAAUAA